AUGUGGAAGAAAAGCAAAAAAAAAGCUCGCAAGCACAAAACUCACGCGCUCUCAUUCUCUCCAUUUCUUCCCUGCUCAAAACAGCAUGAAAAAUCGAUAAAAUUUGUAAUAAAUUUCAAUCCAUACUCAGGAAACCAUGAGACUAGAAAAUUGAAAGAAUCUUUAGCAGAAAUAUUUGCACAAGUUGUGAAGUCUGAUAGGAUAAAAUAUAAAUCAGUAGAAAGAAUUUCAUUUCUUUCAGACUUUUUCUUGUUAUCGUCGAAAAUUACACUUCAAGUGCACUACAGUCUUAACCCGAAAUUCAUCGACGAUUUUUCUUUCAACUCUAAUGAUAACAUUCCAGCUUUGUGA